AAUCGAGGCUUGGUCAUACCAAUCUUGGUCGACUCAGCUUGGGCUCGGUUUUGUUUUUAUUUAAUUAAACUAUAAUUUAAAUAUGUAGCUUAAAUUGCAUCCUUAGUUUAGAAUUGUUUGGACGAAACCGCGUAACCUGUAAUCACAAUUUUGCAGGCCGAAACCCACCCAUUCCCGUGAAUUCAAACGUUUGAUUUCUGUGGCAAGGCGACGUAAUUAAGGUGUGGCUAAGCAAGCAUCUGCCUAAGCGAAACAUCAAUUAAGCUUCCGCUGGGCGUUAAGAUUGGACCAACAUCUUUGAAACAAUCGUGUACAACAGCAAGAUGUGCCUUUAGUUCGCUGUGUGACGACAUCUAAAGCUGAGUCCACUCCAUUUAAAACAAACCCGAGUAUGUUCUCAAAAAGCUGCCUCAUGGGCGGCUUUCUAGUGCUCCAUAUAGUUGGCCUGGCCGCGCCCCAGAUACUCGGAGAGCUGCCUACUGUCCAAACGGAUCCGGGGCAGCCAGGGCAGCAGCCACAGAGUUAUCAACCCACCUACAACAAAGACUACUCGCCGAGGUACAAUCCCUUAUAUACUGGGCAGCAGCAGAGCCCGGAGUCGAACCAGUUUGACAACUCCCUGCUCGAAGGACAGAACCCCGGUACCUAUAAGGGGUACUACGAUGGCAGAGUGGGAGCUGGAGGACUUGGUGGCAACGUAGUCGGUCCCGGAAAUAACAUGGGCGCGCUCGGCCCACAGUACGAUCCAUUUAACCGAAACAGCAUUGGCGCGGCGGGAGUCAGUUAUCGCGACGCCUACAGUGAUGAAGAUAACUUCUGUCCGGAGCACUGGGUCUCGUUUAGGCAGACAUGUUAUCGCUUCAUACGGUCGCCCAAACGCAACUGGGCUGAGGCGAAGAAGAUCUGCAAGGCCUACAAUGCGGAUUUGAUAAACGUGGACAACGUGGAGAAGCACUCAUUUAUACUCAAGAAUCUCAUACUGCAAAAUCAACGGCAGAAUCGAUUCUUUAUCUCUGCCCGACAGACAGGCCCCCUAAAUUGGGUAAACGACGACAACACCCAGCUAGUGCAGAUCGAGGACUCCUUUUCCAUGGACGAGCACGUGCCCCUGGAAAACGAGGAUCUGCACGAUAAUCGUUUCCUUGUUCAAAACGACCUGAACAACCGAAAUCUCAACAAUCCGAACCAGUUCUACAACUCGCUGCCGGGCAGUGUUAAUCAGCGGAAUCAAAAUAACUUACGUGGAUUUAUUGGUCCCAACCAGCCGUACGGAGACAACGGAUAUGUGCGCGAUCGCGUUGUCUACGCUUUCUCGAAAAAAAGGGAUCGCUGGAUGUUUAUGCCAGCGUACGAAAUUGAGCUAAAUCUUUUCAUCUGCGAGUCAAAGGUAAUCUACAGUCCAGACAAUGUUAACAUAAAGUUAGAUGACAAGCGCCCUUACCACUAUGGACUUGAUAUUAACGACAUGGAACGUAUUCCACGGGGUCCAUACUUCGUAAAGCAGCCAAACGACACGACUUUUGAUGUAAACAAGAAUCGGUUGAUCAACGAUGUAACUCUUAGCUGUUUGGCCGGUGGCUUUCCAACCCCCUCGUACUACUGGUACCGCGAAGUAUACGUAGAUGACACUCUUGAGUACCAGAAAAUCGAUCCACUGGCGCAGGAUCGGUAUACAAUUUCUGGGGGUAACUUAAUUAUCUUCGAACCUAAACAAGCAUUAGAUCAAGGCGCGUAUCACUGCGUAGCAGAAAACAAAUUUGGACGUAUUCGUUCCGAAAGCGCUCAUCUAAACUUCGGUUUCAUCAUGGAGUUUAACCUAAAACGCUCUGCGGAGACGAGCGAGAUGAACUGGGGCAAAUCGAUAUUCUGUGACCCACCGCAGCACUAUCCCGACGUGCGAUAUUACUGGGCUCGCGACUAUUUCCCCAACUUCGUGGAGGAGGACCAGCGUGUAUUCGUUUCCCGUGAUGGCGCCCUGUAUUUCUCUUUUAUAGAAACCGUAGACCGAGCUAACUACUCGUGCACUGUUCAGACCCUUGUGUCGGACACCGGACGCAACGGACCUUUUUUCCCGCUGCGCGUGACUCCCAACAGCAAUUACCAGGCACUCAUAUUCGCCAACACAUUCCCCAAAGUCUUUCCGGAGGCGCCAGUGGCAGGUGACGAGAUCCGGCUAGAGUGCAUGGCCUUCGGUUACCCCAUCCCAUCGUAUAAUUGGACUCGACAAGGCCUACCUCUCCAACGCAAUGCUUACACUAUCAAUUAUGGACGCGUUUUAAUCAUCCAAAAUGCCACAACUAACGACAACGGCGAGUACUCCUGCACAAUUACCAAUCCCCGCAAGACGCUGAUGAAAAGCAUCUAUAUCAAUAUCCAAAUGCGCCCACAGUUUACAAUUCCCCUCAAAGAUAUGAUAAAGGACUAUAACAGCGACGUUACUUUUAUAUGCGAGGCCUUUGCAAUUCCGGACGCAAAUUACACUUGGUACAAAAAUGCCGAACGUCUUGACCCCACAACUAUUAAUCGUGACCGAUACAUUAUCCAAGACAAUGUGCUUACCAUUAAGUUCCUCGAAAAGGAUAAGGACGAGGCCAUGUACCAAUGCGGAGCUCAAAAUCAACUGAAGACUUCGUUCUCUUCAGCGCAGCUCCGAGUGCUGUCUAUGAAACCGUCUUUUAAAAAGCAUCCGCUCGAAUCUGAGAUCUAUGCUGUUUACAAUGGGAACACUACAAUUGUCUGCAACCCGGAAGCUGCUCCACGCCCAAAAUUCCAAUGGAAAAAAGACGGCCAGCUGUUAGGCUCGGGAGGCCACCGACGCAUCCUGCCCAGCGGCACUCUAACCAUUGCACCCACAUCACGCGAUGACGAGGGCGUUUAUACAUGCAUUGCAUCUAACCAAGCCGGCACCGAUGAGUCCCACGCCCGAGUUAUUGUUUUACAGGAAAUCCGAUUUAUCGAAACUCCUCCCCAACGCAGUUCCAAGGAACAUGACUUAAUCUUCUUGCAUUGCGAGGCCGCCUUUGAUGAGCUGCUGGACAUAGCUUAUGUUUGGAAGCACAACGGCGAAAUCCUAAAAAACAACCACGAUGGCACCGGAAGAAUUAUUGUAGACUGGAACAGAUUAACAGUGCAUAACACCACCAUGCGAGAUGCCGGCGACUACGAGUGCGUGGUCAAGUCGGCGGUCAACGAGAUAAGUAGUAAGACCAGUGUGUCUAUAGAAGGUGCACCUGGCGCACCAGGCGGCGUUCAAGUCAUACAGAUCAGUAAGACGAAGGCCAUUAUUGAGUGGGUGGAUGGAGCUAACAACGGUCGCCCAAUCCGGUACUACAAUAUCCUAGGCCGCACCAACUGGAAUCGCACCUGGGUUAAUGUGUCAACCAAUGUCCAGGCGCGGGAGGUAGAUCGCUACACAUCGCGCCAGCAAGCUGAGGUGGUCAAUCUUACGCCGUGGUCGGCCUACGAGUUUAGUGUAACCGCCGUAAACGAUUUGGGAAUUGGUACGCCGUCAGCCCCAUCGCCAAUAUACAGCACAUAUGAGGAUAAGCCUUAUAUAGCACCAAAGAAUGUGGGUGGCGGGGGUGGAAAGAUUGGUGACCUUACGAUUACCUGGGACCCGCUGUUGCCGCAAGAGCAGCAUAGUCACGGUAUACAUUACAAAGUGUUUUGGAAGCUUAAAGGGGCCAUCGAAUGGGCAUCCGACGAGAUAAAAAAGCAGGAUCAUAUGGGCGUAGCUGUCGUUAACAUUCCGCUGAACAACUACUAUACACAGUACGAGGUCAAGGUGCAGGCCAUCAACAGCAUUGGCAAAGGACCGGAGAGUGAAGUUGCUGUCAUUCACUCUGCCGAGGACAUGCCACAGGUGGCUCCCCAGAAGCCCUUUGCGCUUGCCUUUAAUUCAACAUGCUUUAAUGUCACGUGGCAACCGAUUGAUAUGUCCCGUGAAAACAUUCGAGGCAAACUCAUUGGACACAGACUUAAAUACUGGAAAACUACGCACCAAGAAGAAGAUUCAGUUUACUACUUGUCACGUACCACAAGAAAUUGGGCACUGAUCGUUGGACUGCAGCCAGACACCUACUACUUUGUGAAGGUAAUGGCAUACAAUGCUGCAGGAGAAGGACCCGAAAGCGAACGCUUUGAAGAACGCACAUAUCGAAAGGCCCCACAAAAGCCACCAUCUUCAGUUCAUGUAUAUGGAAUAAAUCCGUCCACUGUGCGAGUUGUAUGGCGCUACGUUUCCCCGUCGCAGGACGAAGAACCAAUCGAGGGUUACAAGGUUCGCAUUUGGGAAACGGAUCAGAACAUGAUCACAGCCAAUAAUACCAUCGUGCCAAUUGGACAGAAACUUGAGUCCUACAUCAACACCCUUACGCCCGGAAAGAGCUACAAUAUGCGAGUCCUCGCGUACAGCAAUGGAGGAGACGGUCGCAUGUCCAGUCCCACUCUGCGCUUCCAAAUGGGCAAGACGACUCGAAAUGCCGCAAACACCCGACAUGGCCACAACAUUAACACGGCACUUAUUUUAAGCACAUUACUACUUAUAACAACUUUUUUCUACACAAGCCACUGAAUGCAGCACAAACCAGGAUGCGUAAAUUAGUAAGUAAGAAUAAAACUAUACUAAGAAGUGACCUUAUAUAAGAGUAAGUAGUACAGCGAUAAAAAACAAAAGCAUUCCAUUCGUGCUCCUUUGUAAGCUCCUUACUUUAUGUAAAAGCAUACCGUCCAUUUUAAAGACUUUUUAAAAACAAAUAAAUUUGUAUCUUUCCAAAAGUGUAUCUCA